UCAGCCAUUUGUCUACAAAAACAGUUCUCCACUUCAUAAGCCCUGUAAAAAGAGAAGCGGAAGUGGGAGAGAGAGAGGGAGAGAGAGGAUGUUGACAGCCAAACACCAAGCAAUCUCCCCUCCUAGUCUCUCCUUCUCCAAAACCCUAAAAAGUAAUUCAAAACCCCAUUUUUCUCUCCCCCUCCAAAAUCCAUCCAAACGCCUCCCUCCUCUCAAAUCCUCCCCUUCUCCUCCGAUCCCAACCGUCCAAACGCCACCACCACAAGUAUCCAAAACCCCAGCCCAAACCCGAGUCGACAUCCUCUCCGAAUCCUUACCGUUCAUCCAGAAAUUCCGCGGCAAAACGAUAAUCGUCAAAUACGGAGGAGCCGCCAUGAAAUCCCCCGCCCUCCAGGCCUCCGUCAUCAACGACCUCGUCCUCCUCUCCUGCGUUGGCCUCCGCCCCGUCUUCGUCCACGGCGGUGGGCCCGAGAUCAACUCCUGGCUCUCCCGCCUCGGAAUCCAGCCCCAAUUCCUCAACGGCCUCCGCGUUACUGACUCCGCCACCAUGGAGAUCGUCGAGAUGGUCCUCGUUGGCAAGGUCAACAAGACCCUCGUUUCCCUCAUCAACCGUGCCGGUGCCACCGCCGUCGGCCUCUCCGGCAAGGACGGCCGCCUCCUCACCGCCCGUCCAUCUGCUCAGUCCGGCCUCGGCUUCGUUGGUGACGUCGCCUGCGUGGACCCCACCAUCCUCAGGCCACUCAUUGCCGAUGGCCACAUUCCCGUCAUUGCUUCUGUGGCCGCUGACGACAAGGGCCAGGCCUACAACAUUAACGCUGACACGGUCGCGGGGGAGCUGGCAGCCGCUCUUGGGGCCGAGAAGCUGAUCCUGCUGACGGAUGUGGCAGGGAUUCUUGAGGACAGGAACGAUCCAGGGAGCCUGGUGAAGGAGAUCGAUAUAAAGGGGGUGAAGGGGAUGGUGGCAGAAGGGAAGGUGGCAGGAGGGAUGAUCCCCAAGGUGAAUUGCUGUGUGCGGUCGCUGGCACAGGGGGUGCGGACUGCGAGCAUCAUCGACGGGCGGGUCCCACACUCGCUGCUGCUUGAGAUCCUCACUGAUGAAGGGGCUGGGACGAUGAUCACCGGGUGAGUGAAAUUGAAAGGUUAAAUUAUAAAUUCUGUCAUUCUUGUUUUUUGGGUAUGUGAUAUGCUAAAGCAGGGAAGGGGUUUUUAAUAAAGCUGUAACUGUUGCUACUGUUUUUGAAUUUCGAAGUAGGAAUGGUGAAGUAGAGAAACUAUACCCCAACCUCUUGUUUUUCAAUA